CUCGCUCUCCGCCCGCUCGGGAGCGCGCAGUGCGGCGCGGCCGCGCCCGGGAGCGCGCAGUGCGGCGCACCGAGCCCGCACCGAGCCCGGCUGCGGCCACCUCAGCUCCUCCGCUGAGGAUCCCUCUGCACCUGCCACCACCCCAGGGGACACCCCAAAGUCACCCCAAGGGACAUCCCGAGGUCCUGAGGCCACCCAGGGAAGCUCCAAGAUGAUCCCAAGGAGAGCCCAGGUCACCUGCGCCGGAAUUGCCUUCGCCCUCUGCCUCCAGCACCUCGUCAGCGCAAUCGAGGUCCCCCUGGACUCAAAUAUCCAGAGUGAAUUGCCACAGCCCCCCACGAUCACCAAGCAAUCCAUCAAGGAUUACAUCGUGGAUCCCAGGGAUAACAUCUUCAUCGAAUGCGAAGCCAAGGGCAACCCCGUUCCCACCUUUUCCUGGACGCGGAAUGGGAAGUUCUUCAACGUGGCCAAGGAUCCCAAGGUGUCCAUGAGGAGGAGAUCGGGGACUUUGGUCAUCGACUUCCACAGCGGGGGCCGGCCCGAUGACUACGAGGGCGAGUACCAGUGCUUCGCCAGGAACGACUACGGCACGGCCCUUUCCAGCAAAAUCCACCUCCAGGUUUCCAAGUCUCCGCUGUGGCCCAAGGAAAAGGUGGAUGUGAUCGAGGUGGACGAGGGGGCCCCGCUGAGCCUGCAGUGCAACCCCCCGCCCGGCCUCCCCGAGCCCGUCAUCUUCUGGAUGAGCAGCUCCAUGGAGCCGAUCCCGCAGGACAAGCGCGUGUCCCAGGGCCACAACGGGGACCUUUACUUCUCCAACGUGCUGGCGCAGGACGCGCUGACGGACUACAGCUGCAACGCCCGCUUCCACUUCACCCACACCAUCCAGCAGAAGAACCCCUACACCCUCAAGGUCAAAACCAAGAAGUCCCAUAACGAAACGUCUUUAGGAAAUUCCCCCGCCAUGUACCGCGCCCGAGGGAUCACGGAAACCACUCCCAGCUUCAUGUAUCCCUACGGAACUUCCAGCAGCCAGAUGGUGCUCCGGGGGGUGGACCUCCUGCUGGAAUGCAUCGCCUCUGGAGUACCAGCGCCAGACAUCAUGUGGUACAAGAAAGGCGGAGAGCUCCCGGUGGGCAAAACCAAGCUGGAGAACUUCAACAAGGCGCUGCGCAUCUCCAACGUGUCCGAGGAGGACUCCGGGGAAUAUUUCUGCCUGGCCUCCAACAAGAUGGGCAGCAUCCGCCACACGAUCUCGGUGAGAGUGAAGGCUGCUCCCUACUGGCUGGAUGAGCCGGAGAACCUGAUCCUGGCCCCCGGCGAGGACGGCAGGCUCGUGUGCCGGGCCAACGGCAACCCCAAACCGUCCAUCCAGUGGCUGGUGAACGGAGAGCCCAUCGAAUCGUCUCCCCCCAAUCCGAGCCGGGAGGUGGCCGGGGACACCAUCGUGUUCCGGGACACGCAGAUCGGCAGCAGCGCCGUGUACCAGUGCAACGCGUCCAACGAGCACGGCUACCUGCUCGCCAACGCCUUCGUCAGCGUGCUGGAUGUUCCCCCCCGGAUCCUGGGCCCCCGGAACCAGCUGAUCAGGGUGAUCCAGAACAACAGGACGCGCUUGGAUUGUCCCUUUUUCGGGUCCCCCAUCCCCACCCUGCGCUGGUUUAAGAACGGCCAGGGCAACACGCUGGAUGGAGGCAACUACAAAGCCCACGAGAACGGGAGCUUGGAGAUGUUCAUGGCUCGGAAGGAGGACCAGGGAAUCUACACCUGCGUGGCCACCAACAUCCUGGGGAAAGCUGAGGCCCAGGUCCGCCUGGAGGUCAAAGACCCCACCAGGAUCGUGAGGGGCCCCGAGGACCAGGUGGUCAAGAGGGGCACCAUGCCCCGGCUGCACUGCCGCGUCAAGCACGACCCCACGCUGCGGCUCAUGGUCACCUGGCUCAAGGACGAUGCCCCACUGUACCUGGGGAGCAGGAUGAAGAAGGAAGAGGAUGGUCUGACGAUCUAUGGGGUGACUGAGAAGGACCAGGGCGAUUACACGUGUGUGGCCAGCACGGAGCUGGACAAGGACUUGGCCAAGGCCUAUCUCACCGUGCUGGCCAUCCCCGCUAAUCGGUUGAGAGAUUUACCCAAAGAACGACCUGACCGGCCCCGGGACUUGGAGCUGACGGAUCUGGCCGAGAGGAGCGUGCGGCUGACGUGGAUCCCUGGCGAUGACAACAACAGCCCCAUCACAGACUACAUUGUCCAGUUUGAGGAGGACCGCUUCCAGCCGGGAAUGUGGCACAACCACUCCAGGUAUCCCGGGAGCGUCAACUCGGCCGUGCUGAGCCUGUCGCCGUACGUGAAUUACCAAUUCCGCGUGAUCGCCGUCAACGACGUGGGCAGCAGCGUGCCCAGCCUGCCCUCCGAGCGCUACCAGACCAACGGGGCACGUCCUGAAAUAAAUCCAACGGGAGUUCAAGGGGCAGGGACCCAAAAAAACAACAUGGAGAUAACGUGGACCCCUCUGAACGCAACUCAGGCUUAUGGGCCCAACCUCAGGUACAUCGUGAGGUGGCGGCGGCGGGACCCCCGCGGGAGCUGGUACAACGAGACCGUGCGGGGCGCGCGGCACGUGGUGUGGAACACCCCCAUCUACGUCCCCUACGAGAUCAAGGUGCAGGCCGAGAACGACUUCGGCAGAGCCCCGGAGCCCGACACCUUCAUCGGAUACUCCGGGGAGGAUUAUCCCAAGGCUGCGCCCACGGAUGUCAGGAUCAGAGUCUUAAACAGCACUGCCAUAGCUCUGACCUGGACCCGGGUGCACCUGGACACCAUCCAGGGACAGCUCAAGGAGUACCGAGCCUAUUUCUGGAGAGACAGCAGCUUGCUGAAGAACCUGUGGGUCUCCAAAAAACGGCAGUUUGUGAGUUUUCCUGGAGACCGCAACCGGGGCACCGUGUCCCGGCUGUUCCCUUACAGCAACUACAAGCUGGAGAUGGUGGUCACCAACGGCCGAGGGGACGGGCCCCGCAGCGAAAUGAAGGAAUUCCCCACCCCUGAAGGAGUGCCCAGCUCCCCCAGGUACCUGCGGAUCCGACAGCCCAACCUGGAAAUCAUCAACCUGGAGUGGGAUCACCCCGAGCAUCCCAACGGGAUCAUCACGGGAUACACCCUCCGAUACCAACCCUUUAACGGGUCGCGGACGGGCCGGACGGUGGUGGAGAACCUGUCCCCCAACCAGACGAGGUUCACCCUGCAGAGGUCAGACCCCAUCUCCCGCUAUCGCUUCGUGCUCCGCGCCCGCACCCAGGUGGGAGAGGGAGAGGCCCUGGUGGAGGAGUCGCCGGCGCUGCUGGACGAAGCCACGCCAAGCCCAGAGGCAACUGGGCCGCCUCCAACCACAGUGGAGGAAACCAGUCCUGAAACCAGUCCUGAAACCAGUCCUACAAUCAGCCCUACAACCAGCCCUACAACCAGUGCUACAAUCAGUCCUACAACCACCCCAACCACCACCGACACCACAACCACCACCACAACCACCACAACCACCACCAGCACCGCCGCCAGCACCGCCGCCAGCACCAGCGCCGCUGCCGAGAGGGCUCCGGCAGCCACCACCAGGCACGAGUUGGCCUACACCAAGAACCAGGUGGACAUCGCCACGCAGGGCUGGUUCAUCGGCCUCAUGUGCGCCAUCGCCCUCCUGGUGCUCAUCCUCCUCAUCGUCUGCUUCAUCAAGAGGAGCCGCGGCGGGAAGUACCCAGUGCGGGACAACAAGGACGAGCACCUCAAUCCCGAGGACAAGAACGUGGAGGACGGAUCCUUCGACUACAGGUCUCUUGAAAGCGAUGAAGACAACAAACCUCUUCCCAACAGCCAGACCUCGCUGGACGGGACGAUAAAGCAGCAGGAGAGCGACGACAGCUUGGUGGACUACGGAGAAGGGGGCGAGGGCCAGUUCAACGAGGACGGCUCCUUCAUCGGCCAGUACACGGUCAAGAAGGACAAAGAGGAGACCGAGGGCAACGAGAGCUCCGAGGCCACGUCCCCCGUCAACGCCAUUUAUUCCUUGGCAUAGCAAAAACGCCGGGAAAAACAACCCAGAGCCCGAGGGAAUCGGAGCGGCCGGGGGUUCCGCCAGUAGCCGCCGCCACCGCUGCCUCCGACAGGAAAGGGAAUCGAGCGAGGACUGAAAAAAACAAAACAAAACAAAAAAAUAAUAGAGG